UUUUGUAAAGAAAGGUUGAAAUCGAAGUGGUUCGAAAAUGCCAACGAUUAGAGUUCCGGCCAACAAGAAGACCACGACUUUAACGGUUGCGGUAAAAUGUAGACCGUUAAAUCAGAGGGAGACGGAGAGCGGCCGCGACAUUGUUAGACUGAAAGACAACAAGGAAGUGGUAGUGUUAGAUCCCGACUUAUCAAAGGACUAUUUGGAUCGCAUUCAAAAUCGUACCAAAGAGAAAAAGUAUUCUUUCGAUCACGCCUUUGGUCCUCACUCUACAAAUUUGGACACCUAUCGGAAAUGUAUAUCUACUGUAAUCUCAGGAGUUGUACAAGGUCUUAAUGCAACCGUAUUUGCCUAUGGUUCAACCGGAAGUGGUAAAACUUAUACUAUGGUAGGGACACAACAUGACCCUGGACUCAUGGUUCUCAGUUUACACACAAUCUUUGAUCUUAUUAAAAGGGAUAAGAGCUCUGAUGAAUUUGAAGUUACUUGUUCCUAUAUUGAAGUCUACAAUGAGGUUAUAUAUGAUUUGCUCGAAAAAUCAUCAGGUUCUUUGGAACUUAGAGAGGAUCCUGAGCAGGGAAUAAUUGUUGCUGGCCUAAGAUGCAUUAAGGUUCAUUCAGCUGAUAAGAUUCUUGAACUUUUAAAUUUGGGAAAUAGUCGAAGAAAAACAGAAAGCACUGAGGCUAAUGCGACAUCGUCAAGAUCACAUGCAGUGCUGGAGAUUACUGUGAGAAGAAAACAGAGAAACAAAUAUAAAAAUCAAGUCAUGCGAGGAAAACUUGCACUUGUGGAUCUUGCUGGCAGUGAAAGAGCUUCUGAAACAAACAGUGGGGGGCAAAAGCUUCGGGAUGGAGCUAACAUUAAUCGUUCACUUCUUGCUUUAGCAAACUGCAUCAAUGCUCUAGGGAAACAACAAAAGAAGGGUCUUGCCUAUGUUCCAUACCGUAAUAGUAAACUGACAAGGAUACUUAAAGGUCUGAGUGGUAACUCUCAGACAGUGAUGGUUGCGACCAUAUCUCCAGCAGAUAAUCAGUAUCAUCACACUGUGAAUACUCUGAAAUAUGCAGACAGGGCGAAAGAAAUAAAGACUCACAUCCAGAAAAAUAUUGGCACAAUCGAUACACAUGUAUCUGAUUAUCAGCGAAUGAUUGACAAUCUUCAGAUUGAAGUUUGCCGAUUGAAGAAAGAACUAGCAGAAAAAGAAUCACAGUUGAGUGUCAAACCACCAGAAAAGGCUGCUGAUGAUGAAUUGUCUUGGUUAAAUGUUUUGAGCCAAGAAAUAAGUGAAAAUGUUCAGGAGCGUAUAAACUUACAGAAGGCAUUAUUUGAACUUGAGGAAACAAAUCUUCAAAACCGCACAGAACUUCAGCACCUUGAUGAUGCUAUUGCAAAACAACCGGCUUCUGAAAAGGAUGGUGCUAUUUCUGAAGCUCUGAGAGUUAGGAGGCAAGAUAUUCUUGAUAACAUCCGUGACAAUGACGAGGCCGGUGUUAAUUACCAAAAGGAAAUUGAAGCAAAUGAAAAGCAUCGUUUCCAACUCCAAGGUAUGAUUGAGGAAGCAAUCAGUAACAAUGGCAGUAAAACCUACUUGCGCAUUCUCAGUCAAUACAGACUCCUGGGGAUGGCUAAUACUGAGCUUCAGUUUGAAAUGGCAAUGAGAGAUCAGAUAAUUCACAACCAAGAGGCACAAAGGAACCUUUGGAACUUGAUCAUGGGGUUGGGACUCGACGAGAAGCAGAUAUUGGACCUCGCUGCCAAGCAGGGAAUAACAAUUGAAGAUUGGACAAUGACACGCUAUCCAGGGAUUUCAAACAGCAGGCAAUCACACAAUUUGGCUUCUGGAGGACACGCUUCUUUCAGUUAUGGUCUUUCCAUCAACCAAUGGCAUUCAAGAUCAUCUUGCAUCUACCAGAAGUAUCAACAUGUUGGUUCAAAAUCAUUUUCCCAAGACCGCUGGGAUUUGUCUCCUACGUUUUGCAGGGAGGAGCACCAUAGCUCCUACUACUUACUAGCUCAUGAUAACUCUCCUCCGUGUGCCAGAUUUAGGAAUAGUAGUGAUAACUGGGUUGGCGCUUGUCAUCCUGUCCCUUGGUUUGGCUCCCCUGAUAAGCUUCCUCGAGAUUUGCAGAAAUCAUACCCAGAGAUGAUAACUCCUGCAUCAUCACGCCAUCUAUCAGCUCCAGCAGUCGGUGCAGAUUUUGGACAGGGACAAAAGGACGUUAUGAGGCAAAACCUAUACAACAAGGGUCCUCAUGGUGCAAUCAGUAGCAGCAGCCCAGAUAUGUUGAAAGGAGAGAUAGUGAAUCAUGGACUGACAUCCAAUGGUUUAUCGGGAUUUAUGCGUUCCGAACAAGGCUUGAGUACACACAGCUCAAGACAUACGGUCCGAAACUCCAACCAUGCAAGCGUUCCCUGCAUUCCUUCAUAAACUUAAGCUCAUCCCUCCAUUUCUGUAAAGUUUUCUUUCAAUUUUUAAUUGUUUUGUUUUCUUUUCUCCAGUGUUGAUGUAUGUACAUGAAUUAGGAUGAAUUGGUAGCUGAAUUCUGUGGAGAGAGGAGGGCUUAUAAACCCACGCCGCGGAAUGUAGUUAGUUCUUUUGGUAUAACCACCGGUAUUAACCGACUAAUCUGAAUCGGAACGCUGUUAGUAUUGUAUC